AUGUUAACAACCAAAUAUUGGGCCAGUGCAGUGGCAGAGCAGUGUAGCCUGGGUACACUGCUCACAGCAGACAGUCCGGCCCCUUGGACCCUCUGCCGCCACCCGCCAGCACUUAGCACUUGCGAAGCUCCCCCCACCACAUCCCCCACCCCACCCCCACUCCCCCAGUCCCUCCUACCUCCCCCACUUCCACUGCCCCUUCGCACCCCCCCCCCGACCUGUUUUGCAUCUGGUAGCUCUGGCUGCAGGAAGCCAAGCUGGAACUGGGGGAGAGGCUCGGGAUGUGGAGGGGGCUGGCUCCUGAGCUUGUUGCUAAGGGCACAGAAGAGCUCAGAAGAAAAAGGUACAAUACACUUUAUAAACCGUGAGGGUGCAACAUUAACAACCAAAAGCAAAGUUGGUGACUCUCUGCUAGAUGUUGUGGUUCAAAAGAAUCUAGAUAUUGAUGGUUUGGGUGCUUGUGAGGGAACCAGGGCCUGCUCUACCUGCCAACUCAUCUUUGAAGAGCACAUAUACGACAAGUUACAGCCAGUCACUAAUGACAAUGACAUGCUUGAUCUGGUGCAUGGACGUACAGACGAAUCACUGUUGGGCUGCCAAAUCUGUUUGACAAAAUCUAUGGACAAGAGCGUUCUAGUACCUGAUGCAGUGUCCGAUGCCAGACAAUCUGCUGAUGUGGGCAAGAACUCCUAAGCUAGAAUAAAUAGAAACAUUUUACACAA